UAGUAGAUAGUCUUCGGUUAAAGAUUUGGGGAUUUUGGCCGCUCGUCCUGCAGACCGCGAGCCCUAAAAAAUUAAACCCUUCCCUCCUUCGCGUUUUCCUUCCAGAAUCCAAUCCGGAGAUUUUUCACAAACCGGAAAGUUGGUUCGUCGGGCGGAAAGGCUGGGCCGAGUUACUGAUUUAAAGAGAAAUGAAAGUGAAAGUUAAGGGGAAAGUCGGGAGCUUGUGGUUCGCUUCUAGCUUCCAGAGAAGUUCUUCGCAGCCAUGGCCCAAGCAAGCCAAGCGAUCCGCGAUGCAUCAAAUCAUAAAUAUUAUGGAACUAUUGAUCAGAUGCCUGCUUCGGAGAUUUUUGGGAUCACACCUCCUGUUAUGACAGCUGAAGUACCUACUGCUCCUCCUGCCUUUGAUGUAAACAACGUGUCUGGGUACGAAGGCACUACAGUUGGAGAUGCAGGGAAGUAUUUCCCUCCUCCACCUGAUUCGUUUCCUUAUCGGGAAAGUGAGCCAAUGCCAGCUCAGACAAACUGGAAUAUUCCUGCUAUUUCGGAAGAUGAAGCCAAAGAAGCUUUCAUCGAGUAUGCUGCAAGCAAGUGCUGCUAUAGCAAGGCUCCAGCCAGAGACUUGAUAUUUCAGGAUCUCCUAGCACUGAAUACCUACAGAUAUUACUUGGAGACUUUCACUGAAUCAAGGUCUUCAUUAUGGAAAACCAUACCAUAUAGAGGAGAGCCUGUUGAUUCUGCUAUGUAUGGUGCAGCUCCUUCUCCCUGGGACAUGAGAGUAGAAGUUCCUGAAAUAUUCAAAGACAACAUGAUAAGAAUUAAAGUGCCUCACACAUCAACAGUAAAGGGAUGUCCAAUAUGUGGCUGUUCUGGUAGACGACCCUGUACCCAGUGCCAUUGCCUCACAAGGAAGCAGUGCUGGGUCUGUAAUGGAACAGGAUCCCAGUUCACUAAUCAGAAGUGUUCUUCUUGUUCCGGAGCAGGAACGACCAUGUGCAAUGCCUGUUCUGGUCUGGGGACAACUGCUUGUACUGACUGUGGAGGAACAGGAAAGUUGCUGACAUACAUUGAGCUGCAAGUUGAAUGGAAAAAUAACAUUUUUGAAUACGUGGUGGAUGAAAGAACUGGGUUUCCUACUAAACUCUUCAAAGCAGUUAAAGGGAAGAAGCUGUUUGUGGACGAGCAAUACUUGGUUCAUCCAGUGAUAAGCUUCCCUAUCAGUGCUGUUAAUCAAGCUUCCCGAAAUGCCAUUGAACAACAUCAAGCUCAGUUUGGAUCUACUGCACGGAUAGUGAGACAGAGACAAACCAUUGAGCUGGUAUUUCUUACCAAAGUGGAAUAUGAAUGGAACAGGAAAUCCUAUUCCUAUUAUGUCUAUGGGAAUGAGCACAAGGUGUAUGUGGAGGAUUAUCCUAAAAAGUGUGGCUGUACUAUUAUAUGAUCCAUGGACCUUCCAGCCACUGACAGAGAAAUCCUGAUCAUUCCUGCAUUAUGUCUGCUCAUCUGCUUCACCCCCCCCCCCAGUUCUUUCUUGUUUGAAUUCCUAUAUCUCAGAUGAAUUAUAAACAAUUGUGUUAGCCUUUAAAAGAAGACCUGGGGGAUUAUUACUACAGCUGAAACACUUUGCAUAUUUUUUGUACAAUUGAAUGUUCAUUGGUUUUUGUUGAUGGUUAAAAAUACUUGUGUUGGUAUAUUAGUUAUAACAAAUGUUAAAAGUUUAAGCAAAACAUCCUUUCCUAUCUCUGGUUUUCCUUAGUUUUUUCUUUCAACCUGAAUUAAUUCAUUAUGUUCUGAGCCUUUAAUGAAAUAUUUUGUUUCAUUGGCUUGGUGCACUUGGCGCACGCUGUUGCCCAAUUCCAGAUAUAAUUUUGGAUUUUUUUUAUCAAUAAUUUUUAGUUGCACUCUUUUUUUUUAACAUACUAUUUCAAUAUAAAUCAGGAAAUGGAUUAUCCAAAGUGACAGAACUAAGACUUUGUAGAGACUAAAAGUUUUAAAUUCUUUUGUUUGUGGUGAAUUAGUAUAGCCUUUAUUGUCAUUGUACAUCAUGUAUACAACAAAAUUGAUUUUAGCCUCACUAGUGCAAUCCAUGACAAAAAAUACAAACAACAUAAAUAGUAUAAAGAAUAAUCCCUAUGGAAAUAAUUAGGGGGGAAGAAGAAAAAGAAAAAUUAGUCAUAUGUUUCUGUGUGUGUGUGGACUGAUUAUGGUUGAUAAUUAUAAUUAUGUAAAUAUAAUCCUUCAGUUGAUUACUAUUAUGUCAUUGAUAAGACUGUAUAUGUAAUACUAAUUCACUUUACUUUCACUUUAAUGAUUACAAACAGAAAAGAUCAUAUCCUAAUAACUACGUAUUAUAAUCUUUUUAGCCUGAAAUUGGAGCUAAUAAAGUGCAGUGAUUCUAAACAUAUUGCAAUAAAAAAAACUGAACACUCUGA